AUGAAGAGAUUUACCUUUCAAAACCCAAUUCUAGUUUCGUUUCUUCUUGUUCUGCUGCUUCUCUUCAUCUCCAACUGUCUCGCUUCCAGUCAAAACGACGACGUUAAUAAAGACUCCGGGUCUGAAUAUGACCGGGUUCCGGUUCAGGUUCCAGUCGGGUUGGUUUUGGAUUUAGGUUCCGUGGAGGGAAAGAUAGUGAGAAGCUCUGUUUCCUUGGCGCUUUCCGAUUUUUACACCGUUCACAGUGAUUACAAAACAAGACUCUCUCUCUCAGUCAGAAACUCUCACGGAGAGCCUCUCCUAGCUCUCGCUUCUGGUGUGGAUCUGCUGCAAACUGUAGGAGUGGAGGCGAUAAUCAUCGUCGGGAGUUCUUUUCUGGAAACGAAGCUUCUCGCGGAGCUUGGAGAGAAAGCUAGGGUUCCUGUGGUUUCACUUAACUCUCCGAUCUCAUCAUCACUGAGCAGAUACAGUCAUUUGAUCCAAGCAACACAUGAUUCUUCCUCCGAGGCGAAGGGGAUAACAGCUUUCAUCCAUGAGUUUGGUUGGAACAGUGUUUCUCUUGUUUAUGAAGAUGAAGAUGAUUGGAGAGAGAGUAUGCAGCUCAUGGUGGACCAUUUCCAUGAGAACGAGGUCCGUAUACGGUCCAAGGUUGGUUUUACUUCAUCUUUUACUGAUGAGUUAAUCAUGGAUCGGUUAGGGAUGGUGAAGGGUUUGGGGAUGACUGUCUUUGUGGUGCACUCUUCUGAGCUUGUUGCAACUCAUCUUUUUCAAUGUGCUGAGAAGUUAGGGAUGGGUGAAGGGUUUGCUUGGAUCCUCACUGCCAAAACCAUGAACAGCUUCCAUGGGAGCACUGGCGACGAUUUUUCAAGAGAGGUAAUGGAAGGUGUGGUUGGCUUCAAGUCUUACAUUCCAAUGUCAAAAGAGCUUCAGAACUUUACUUCGAGAUGGAGAAAGUCACUACACAGAGAUGAAGUUGCUGGGUUGGAGAUAACUCGUUUGAGCAUCUCUGGCGUAUGGGCUCAUGAUAUCGCUUGGGCUCUGGCGAGAGCAGUGGAAGUUACAAGGAUGGUGAAUGUAUCAUCAUCAACUCUCCUAGAGGCAAUCAAAGAAAGUAGGUUUAAGGGUUUGAGUGGUGACUUGCAAAUCAAGGAUAAGUAUUUCUUGUCAGACAAGUUUGAGAUUGUGAAUUUGAUAGGAUCAGGUGAGAGGAGAGUAGGGUUCUGGAACUCUAAUGGUAGUUUCAGCAACAGAAGACUUUUAUCUUCUUCUACUCAUAACAACAAGCUACAGACUAUAAUCUGGCCAGGUGGGUCUGCUCAGAGUCCUAAUGAACGCAGCACGAGAAAAAAGCUGAGGGUUUUGGUUACAUCUAGCAACAGGUUCCCAAGACUGGUGAAGGUGACGACUGAUCCAACAACAAAAAUAGUAACUGCAGAAGGGUUUUGUAUAGAUGUCUUCAAAGCUUCCAUUAACCCUUUCAACUAUGAUGUGGAGUUCAUACUUUGGCGCAAUGGAAGUAACUACGACAAACUUGCACAUGCACUUUAUAACCAGAGAGACAAGUAUGAUGCAGCGGUGGGAGAUAUUACAAUCACUUCCAAUAGAUUGAAGAAUGUUGAGUUUACAAUGGCAUUCACGGAACUGGGUCUAGGAAUUGUAGCACCAAAGGAGAGAAGUAUGUGGGUGUUCUUCCAACCUCUAACACGAGACCUUUGGAUAACAAGUGCAGCUUUCUUUGUCUUGACGGGUGUUAUAGUUUGGUUGAUAGAAAGACCUGUGAACAAGGAGUUCCAAGGAUCUUGGCCACAACAGAUUGGUGUUAUCUUUUGGUUUGGCUUCUCUACCCUUGUUUAUGCUCACAGGGAGAAGCUAAAACACAACUUAUCAAGAUUUGUAGUUACGGUUUGGGUGUUCGCAGUGCUCAUAUUGACUACAAGCUACACUGCAACGUUAACAUCAAUGAUGACGGUGCAACAGAUCCGAUUCAACUCCAAUAAAGACUUCGUUGGUCACCUUUCAGGCUCAAUCAUUGCAAAUGCCUCCCUCACCGGUCCUAGACUCCGAGCAACGAACACCAAGGGUCUCAACACUUCUCAAGAUUAUGCUGAAGCCUUGUUGAACAAAACUGUGGCAUUUAUUGUUGAUGAGUUGCCAUACCUCAAUGUCCUCCUUGGAGAAAAGCCUGCACAGUUUCUCAUGGUCAAGUCACAAUGUACCACCAAUGGUUUCGGCUUUAUGUUUCAGAAGGGUCAUGAGCUGGUGCACAAUGUGUCCACAGAGAUAGCGAAGCUAAGGACAGAAGGGAAGCUAGGCGAGAUAGAGAAAGGAUGGUUUGAGAAUCAACUUCCGUAUACAGCAGAUGAUACAUCAAAUCCUAUAACUCUCUACAGAUUCCGCGGUUUGUUCAUGAUCACGGGACUUUCUUCAGCUUUUGCUCUUGCGGUACUUGUCAUUCUCUGGCUCAGAGAUGGAUGGAAAGAUCUUGUGAACUCGGUUAACAUAUUCAUCUCGGGACGAUUUGUACAUUUCAAGAUCCUCUUCGCAAGAACUAUCCAUCCCACUCUCCUUGAUGACCACAUUGGUGAGAGUGCGGUUCAAAUGGCUCAAGGUAACAGACAAUAG